AUUGGCCAGGCUGCCCCUCCCCUCCCACUAGCCCUGGGGCCCUCCCACCGCUGUCCAGAUAAGGCCAGCCUAGGUCUGCUUCAGUGGGCAAUAGGCACUAGGGCUGGAAUGGGGCAAUCCGGCUCCCCAUGGCAGUGGGUGCUGCUGCUGGGACUUCUGCUCCCCCCUGCUGCCCCUUUCUGGCUCCUCAAUGUGCUCUUCCCCCCGCAUACCACGCCCAAGGCUGAGCUCAGUAACCACACACGGCCCGUCAUCCUCGUGCCUGGCUGCCUGGGGAAUCAGCUAGAAGCCAAGCUGGACAAACCGGACGUGGUGAACUGGAUGUGCUACCGCAAGACAGAGGACUUCUUCACCAUCUGGCUGGAUCUCAAUAUGUUCCUGCCCCUUGGAGUGGACUGCUGGAUUGAUAAUACCAGGGUUGUCUACAACCGAAGCUCUGGGCAUGUGUCCAAUGCCCCUGGUGUGCAGAUCCGUGUCCCCGGCUUUGGCAAGACAUACUCUGUUGAGUACCUGGAUAAGAACAAGCUGGCAGGUUACAUGCACACGCUGGUGCAGAAUCUAGUCAACAAUGGCUACGUGCGGGAUGAGACAGUGCGGGCUGCCCCCUAUGACUGGCGGCUGGAACCCAGUCAGCAGGGAGAGUAUUACCAGAAGCUCACUGGGCUGGUGGAAGAGAUGCAUGCGGCCUAUGGAAAGCCCGUCUUCCUCAUCGGGCACAGCCUCGGCUGCUUGCACUUGCUCUACUUCUUGCUGCAACAGCCCCAGUCCUGGAAGGACCGAUUCAUCGAUGGCUUCAUCUCUCUUGGGGCCCCCUGGGGUGGCUCCAUCAAGCCCAUGCUGGUCCUGGCUUCAGGUGACAACCAGGGCAUCCCAAUCAUGUCCAGCAUCAAGCUGAGAGAGGAGCAGCGAAUGACAACCACCUCCCCCUGGAUGUUUCCAUCCCGCCUGGCGUGGCCUGAGGACCAUAUAUUCAUUUCCACACCCAGCUUCAACUACACAGGCCGUGACUUCCAGCGCUUCUUUGUGGACAUGCACUUUGAGGAAGGCUGGUACAUGUGGCUACAGUCACGUGACCUGCUGGCAGGGCUCCCAGCCCCUGGGGUGGAAGUGUACUGUCUAUACGGUGUAGGCCUGCCCACGCCUCACACCUACAUCUAUGACCACGGCUUCCCCUACACGGACCCUGUGGCUGCACUCUAUGAGGAUGGUGAUGACACAGUAGCCACACGCAGUACUGAGCUCUGUGGCCGCUGGAAGGGUCGUCAGCCGCAACCUGUGCACCUGCUGCCCCUGCACGGGAUACAGCACCUAAACAUGGUCUUUAGCAACCAGACGCUGGAGCAUAUCAAUGCAAUCCUGCAGGGCGCCUACCGAAGUGGCUCCAGCCCAAGGUCCCUGCACCCUGAAUAAACCUGCCUUUGCUGCUUUAAGCCCAAAGGUGUGUGUUGUGGGUUAAGGGGGAAACACUAGGGUCCACACAUCAGGAUUCCCUCAUCAUCGGCCAAAGGCCAGAAGCUUUGUGGAAUAUGGGGCAAGCUGGGCUCUAUAAAACUGGGACUGAACAAGGCACCUACUCUCCAGGUGAACUGUUUGGGCAUGGAGACUGAAGCCAGCUGUACACCCAGCAUGGGAUGGGGGCACAUGGAGCCUGGGGUGCACAGAGAUGAGAGCUGGCCCUGCCGGCACCCAGAAGGGCAAGACACCUCUAGACAGGGCCUUUUGAGCACCUGCUAUGUGGAGGACAGAAGCACAAGAGUUUAGACUCUGGUGGGGAGGUGACAGCCAUUAAUCAGAUCAGUUCCCUGAUGAAGGGUUAAUUGUAAAUGGAGCUAAGUCCUUUGAGAGAAAAGUAUAGGAGGAGUAAGAGUCACCUACAAGAACCUGAUUGAGCCUUGAGGGUCAAGAAGGCUUCCCAGAGGAGGUGGUGCCAAUGCUGAGGUCAGAGGGAUGAGGUCAACAUGGGCCACUGAAGUCUUGGGCUUGAGCCUAAGACCAGAGCGCAGCUGUUGUUGUUAGGUGCCAUCGAGUCAGUUCUGACUCGUAGCAACCCUACGCACAACAGAACGAAACACUACCCGGUCCUGAGCCAUCCUUACAAUCGUUGUUAUGCUUGAGCUCAUUGUUGCAGCCACUGUGUCAAUCCACCUCGUUGAGGGUCUUCCUCUUUUCUGCUGACCCUGUACUCUGCCAAACAUGAUGUCCUUCUCCAGGGACUGAUCCCUCCUGACAACAUGUCCAAAGUAUGUAAGAUGCAGUCUUGCCAUCCUUGCUUCUAAGGAGCAUUCUGGCUAUACUUCUUCUGAGACCGAUUUGUUCUUUUGGCAGUCCAUGGUAUAUUCAAUAUUCCUCGCCAACACCACAAUUCAAAGGUGUCAAUUCUUUGGUCUUCCUGUCUGUCAGUUUGUUGUACUGCGGGGGCUUGCAUGUUGCUGUGAUGCUGGAAGCUAUGCCACCAGUAUUCAGAUACCAGCAGGGUUACCCAUGGAGGACAGGUUUCAGCUGAGCUUCCAGACUAAGACGGACUAGGAAGAAGGACCUGGCAGUCUACUGCUGAAAAGCAUUAGCCAGUGAAAACCUUAUGAAUAGCAGUGCAGCUGUAGAAGGGUUUUAACCACGGAAAGGUAUGGAGCCAUGUAUGAUGCUGUCCUUAGGCCAGUAACAAUCCAAACGGAUCUGGUCCAUGGUCUGACAGCCUUAGCAGUUAAGGCUAGAGUUAGGGUUAGGGUAGGCACACCUGGGCUCUAGACUGGAAGGGGGAGGAGGAGCUCAACACAGGCUCAA